AUGUUCUCCAUGGGAGAUAUAGGUCUCUUGAAGCAAGGCUGGCAAUGGUUGCAGUCGCAGAAUCAGGCCAUCACGGGCGCCCAGGUGGCGGCCAACGGCGUCGGCGAUGCGCUUGCAUCUCUAAUCGACCAACACUGGCCUUUGAUUUUCAGUGGGUUCCAGAAACUUGGGAGCUUCCUGUUGAUGCUCUUGGUGCAGUGGAGAGAUUGUGCCGCGAGGGGCUUCCGGUCCCUGAUUGGUUUGGGCACGGCGGUGAUCUUCGUCAUCCUCUGGAGCUGUUUCCUCUGUUUGACGUCAACGUCUUGCUUAGUUUAUGCGCUUUUGAUCCUGGUCAGUAUCUCUCAUUUGCACUCUUCUCUUUCGGAUGUAUAACCGGUAGAUUUGGAUUCCGAGAUGUGCGCUUAAUAGACAAAUUCAUCGCAAAAUAUCAUGACAUUCGCAUAAUUUCUCUGAUUUCUAAUCCAAGUAGGAAGAUGGAGUAAUUAUGCUUUGUGGAUCUCUUACUCAAAACUUGCAGACACAGAGUGCUGGCUUCAUCCUUUUUUUUUUUUUCUUUUUCACCAAAGCAUUGUUCAAAUGUUUCAACACACUAUUCAUUUCAAAGAAUCAAACCUGGGUUUUGAAUUGUGUUGCUGUCUUCUUUGUGGCAUUUUUUUCUCCAUAAGUUGGCAGCCGGAUCACAUCGAUGUGGGAAACAGAAAUGGAAGGAGAUUUGUGUUGCAAUAUGAAGGUUUGACGAUUCAUAUAAAGAUGCAAUUGCAAAAUUCUUAAUAAACAGCCUAUGAUAAUGUCAGAGAGAGAAGAAAAAUGAUCUGAUACGUGCAUGCCAUACUUCCAUACUCAAGAUUCUGGGGCUUGGAUCUUGACUGUCUGAAGCCAGACGUGGUGGUCAAAAUAUAUUGAUCUAUAUGCCUGAAUGAUAAAUCGCAUGUCCCUCCGAGCUCUCUCCUAUCCAUGUUUUUCUUAUAACCUCUGCUGGAUUUUAUGAUUUUUUGACUGUUAUUUUUUUUGUCUAGUGUCGUUAUUUUUCCUUUGUUCUACAGGAAAUCAUGUUGAUAUAAAACCAGUCUCCUAGUUAUUGCUCCAAUCGCCUGCUUUGGUGUAUCUCAAUAGUUAUUGCUCCAGUCGACUGUUUCUGGUGUAUACGUUUUGAGUGUGAUGAUGGUUAACUUUUUCCCCCGCUUGGUGGUCUCAGGGGCCUGCUUGUGCUACAGUUCGAUAUCUGGGCUAUACACCUGGACUCUUCAUUGUUGGCCUGUUUGGAAUUUUGACCAUGUGGAUCUAUGGAAACUUCUGGGUCAACGGGAUGCUAUUUAUAGUUGGAAGUACGCCCCCAUCUUUAGUACAUUUACUGAAGCGCAUCAAUCAGAAAAAAGAAGAAGGAAAAAGUAAAUUGGAGAUGAUCAAUCAUCAUUAAAAUAACAAUAAAAUAAAAAUAAAAAUCAUAAUAAUGCGAUUUUUUUUCCCAUGAUAAUUGUGCAGGUUAUUUGCUCUUCCUGAAUCGUGCACGGGUGCUGGUCUUCAUGGUGGCUGCUUACUGUGUUUACUCUGUGUAUGCCCGGUUUGGGUGGAUUGGGAUAUUCCUGUCGGCAAACCUGGCCUUCCUCUCAAACGAUCUCCUGGUGGGCUUUCUCCAAAGCUAUGAGCGCACCCCUGAGCCCAUGCAGGACGAAGAGACCAGGAAACCCGAACCCGUGGUGGAUGACUUCUCCGAAGAUUGCGAGUUUUCUUCUUCGGCUGGUCAGCCGGAGGACGUGGACUCGGUCAAUCCCUGUAGAACGUCCACCUCGGAGAAUGCUGUGAAGAAGGAGAAGAAUAGCUCUCCCAGCAAGGCGGUGAAGUCUGAUCUGGGUUCGCUGGAGGAGAUGAGGAGGAUAAUGGGAAGCUUGAACCACUACGAGACGCUUGGAUUUCCCCAGAUCAGGGCCAUCGAUCUCGCUGCGCUGAAGAAGGAGUACCGGAAAAAGGUCAGAUCUCUAUUGAUUUUAGGGUUUCUUCACGGGGGGGGGGCGGGAUCAUCUCUCGCUCUUGGCUUAUUAUCAUCACGUGCUUCGUUCAAUAACACAGGCAGUUCUGGUCCACCCCGACAAAAAUAUGGGAAACCCUCUGGCGGGUGAGUCAUUCAAGAAGCUCCAGACUGCAUAUGAGGUAAGGCUGCUAGGCCCUGCAAUAAUGGCGCAUUUAUUGGCGGAGAUUCUCCUGCAACUGAGCGGUGGGCAACCUUCAGGUGCUGUCGGAUGCGACGAAGAGAAGAGGCUAUGAUGAGCAGCUGAGGAAGGAGGAAUCGAGGGUCAUCUCUGAGAUGUCUCGUUCUUCGUCCCCGCAGGUUGGUUCUUGCUGUUUUAUAGUUUCCAUCAUCUUCUUUUAUGAUGACCUCCGCCAUCGAUUCAACAGGACGGGGUGGAGUAUCGUCCUGAGGAAUCCAGGCGUAUAGAGUGCACAAAAUGCGGCAAUUCCCAUAAUUGGAUCUGCACCUACAGGAGCAAGGCCAGGGCCCGGUGGUGCCAGGUCAGGCUUCUUACCACAUUUAUUAAAUGAUGGAGUUUCUCCUUCUUUCCCCAUCUCUUCACGUCUCUUCGCUGUCUUUCCAUGGGUGGCCGGUGUUGGAUCAGGAUUGCCGCCAGCAUCACCCAGCGAGCGACGGGGAUGGGUGGGUUGAAUUAGGGUGCUCUGCAUUCGCUUCGAGUACUGGAAAGGUAUCUUAGAUUUUUCAUUUUUAAUGUCAAAAUCGAUGCCCAGGUUUAUCAUCUAUAUAUUUUCCUGUUUUUAAUAAGUGCAAUUUCCCAUUUUUUUCAUUAGAUCAGCAUUUAAUAUCAAGAUAACCCUCCCCCUUAGUUUUCAUUUAAUUAUUACGGUGGAUGAUCGGAAAAGAUGCGCGAUAAUAUCGGUCUUGAAUUAGUUAAACUCCCCAAAUUCAUGCAUUUGAGAUGCUUUGUCUAGAAAUCACAUGGACGGCUGUUGACUUUUGAUCUUAGAUCCUUUUUUUAUUAAAUACCAAGAAUGAUGAUCGGCAAGGAUACCUAAUAUUUAUGCUUUGGCCUCGAAUAAGAUAAAUGGCCCAGAUUCAUGCAUUUAAGAUGCUCCAUCAAGGAGUCUCUUGGAUGACUGCUGAGCUUCGAUCUUCGAUCUCUUCUAAAAUGCCAAGAAUAAUGAUCGAAAAGGACAGCUACUAAGAUUUUUUGCGUAUUGAAUAGUGAAGGCCCCAACUUCAUGCAUUUCAGAUGCUCCGACGAAGUCCUAUUGGGUAGCCACUGAUCUUCGAUCUUGGAUCAUUAUUUGAAUAUUAAGAUUCAUGACCGAAAAGGUAGCCAUUAAACUUUCUUCGGUUUUGAAGAAGUUAAUUGGCUCAAAUUCACGCAGUUGGAGUGCUCCAGCUAUCGUGCAUUUAUUUUUAUAUUGGGAUUGACGCUUGGAAAUGUGUUUGAGGUGAUGUGACGGAGAUUCUGGCUUGUUUUUCUCUUCUCCAGGUAGACAUCCCCCGUGCCUUUGUCUGUGCAGAGAGCAAGAUAUUUGAUGUCUCUGAGUGGGCCAUUUGCCAGGUCAGCUCCAUGCAUAUCCCCCCCCCUCUCUCUCUCUCUCUAGCGCAUCUCCUCCCUAUGAUUCUCUGCCUAUUUGUGUUCCACUGUUAAAGCUAUAUCAUGGAAAAUUAGGACAUACCCAAUGGGCCCCUGCCGCAUAUGUUUGUGUGUGCGUUGAUCUUUGUCUCUCUCUCUCUAGAGUAUGUAGGAAAGGAAAGGAAGUGAAGGGUUUGUUCCUGAUUUGGUUUUUGUUUUGAGGGGAUGGAUGGCAGGGGAUGGCGUGCAGGGCGAACACCCACCGGCCGAGCUUCCACGUGAACAUGGUGAUGGGGGUGGACCACCCCGCGAGAGGAGGCCUCGACGCGGAGAUGGUGGCCUCCGAGGAGGAGGAGGACGACGAGGCGUUCGAGGUCUGGUUCCAGCAGGCCCUCGCCGCCGGCCUCUUCUCCGACAAUCCCCACCGCCGCAAGUCCUGGAGCCCCUUCAAGAUCCCCGCCCCCAAGACCACCACCACCACCCUCCUCCGCCACCUCCGCAGAAGAUCCUGUAAAUAG